AUGCAACUGGGUGUCCAUAGGCAUGAUCUCACCCAAGAGCUGAACUGUGGCUCGUCGCUGGAGGCGCUGGACUGUGGAUCAUCGCCGGAGACCCCGGACUGUGGAUCAUCGCCAGAGACCCCGGGCUGGGGACCUUUCAUUCAGACGACUGUUACUCAAUUCAGACCUGUGCCUCGUCUCGGUCAGGAUCCUAACACAGAGGUGGAUUUGGAACUGGAGUUCAAUGCGACCUCCACAGUACCUAUCCCCAAGGGCAGUGACAUUGUUGAAACAUUGAAAGAGGCUCUGACCAAUCCAAACUCUAACUUCAACUUAUCUUUGGAUCUCAACUCCAUCACUGUGAUAAAUGCCCCUGCUACAACAACUGUUCCUGCUACAACUGCCAUAACAACGGCACCUCCUCCAGUGGUGGAAUUACAAGUCACCUUGCAGCAAGCUUUUGUACCAGCCUUGACUGACCCUCAAAGCACAGAAUUCAAAACACUAUCAGUAACCAUUACUACAAUUUGUGACACAAUCUUCCGACAAAGAUAUGGGCUUAGUUUCAUUCAGACGACUGUUACUCAAUUCAGACCUGUGCCUCGUCUCGGUCAGGAUCCUAACACAGAGGUGGAUUUGGAACUGGAGUUCAAUGCGACCUCCACAGUACCUAUCCCCAAGGGCAGUGACAUUGUUGAAACAUUGAAAGAGGCUCUGACCAAUCCAAACUCUAACUUCAACUUAUCUUUGGAUCUCAACUCCAUCACUGUGAUAAAUGCCCCUGCUACAACAACUGUUCCUGCUACAACUGCCAUAACAACGGCACCUCCUCCAGUGGUGGAAUUACAAGUCACCUUGCAGCAAGCUUUUGUACCAGCCUUGACUGACCCUCAAAGCACAGAAUUCAAAACACUAUCAGUAACCAUUACUACAAUUUGUGACACAAUCUUCCGACAAAGAUAUGGGCUUAGUUUCAUUCAGACGACUGUUACUCAAUUCAGACCUGUGCCUCGUCUCGGUCAGGAUCCUAACACAGAGGUGGAUUUGGAACUGGAGUUCAAUGCGACCUCCACAGUACCUAUCCCCAAGGGCAGUGACAUUGUUGAAACAUUGAAAGAGGCUCUGACCAAUCCAAACUCUAACUUCAACUUAUCUUUGGAUCUCAACUCCAUCACUGUGAUAAAUGCCCCUGCUACAACAACUGUUCCUGCUACAACUGCCAUAACAACGGCACCUCCUCCAGUGGUGGAAUUACAAGUCACCUUGCAGCAAGCUUUUGUACCAGCCUUGACUGACCCUCAAAGCACAGAAUUCAAAACACUAUCAGUAACCAUUACUACAAUUUGUGACACAAUCUUCCGACAAAGAUAUGGGCUUAGUUUCAUUCAGACGACUGUUACUCAAUUCAGACCUGUGCCUCGUCUCGGUCAGGAUCCUAACACAGAGGUGGAUUUGGAACUGGAGUUCAAUGCGACCUCCACAGUACCUAUCCCCAAGGGCAGUGACAUUGUUGAAACAUUGAAAGAGGCUCUGACCAAUCCAAACUCUAACUUCAACUUAUCUUUGGAUCUCAACUCCAUCACUGUGAUAAAUGCCCCUGCUACAACAACUGUUCCUGCUACAACUGCCAUAACAACGGCACCUCCUCCAGUGGUGGAAUUACAAGUCACCUUGCAGCAAGCUUUUGUACCAGCCUUGACUGACCCUCAAAGCACAGAAUUCAAAACACUAUCAGUAACCAUUACUACAAUUUGUGACACAAUCUUCCGACAAAGAUAUGGGCUUAGUUUCAUUCAGACGACUGUUACUCAAUUCAGACCUGUGCCUCGUCUCGGUCAGGAUCCUAACACAGAGGUGGAUUUGGAACUGGAGUUCAAUGCGACCUCCACAGUACCUAUCCCCAAGGGCAGUGACAUUGUUGAAACAUUGAAAGAGGCUCUGACCAAUCCAAACUCUAACUUCAACUUAUCUUUGGAUCUCAACUCCAUCACUGUGAUAAAUGCCCCUGCUACAACAACUGUUCCUGCUACAACUGCCAUAACAACGGCACCUCCUCCAGUGGUGGAAUUACAAGUCACCUUGCAGCAAGCUUUUGUACCAGCCUUGACUGACCCUCAAAGCACAGAAUUCAAAACACUAUCAGUAACCAUUACUACAAUUUGUGACACAAUCUUCCGACAAAGAUAUGGGCUUAGUUUCAUUCAGACGACUGUUACUCAAUUCAGACCUGUGCCUCGUCUCGGUCAGGAUCCUAACACAGAGGUGGAUUUGGAACUGGAGUUCAAUGCGACCUCCACAGUACCUAUCCCCAAGGGCAGUGACAUUGUUGAAACAUUGAAAGAGGCUCUGACCAAUCCAAACUCUAACUUCAACUUAUCUUUGGAUCUCAACUCCAUCACUGUGAUAAAUGCCCCUGCUACAACAACUGUUCCUGCUACAACUGCCAUAACAACGGCACCUCCUCCAGUGGUGGAAUUACAAGUCACCUUGCAGCAAGCUUUUGUACCAGCCUUGACUGACCCUCAAAGCACAGAAUUCAAAACACUAUCAGUAACCAUUACUACAAUUUGUGACACAAUCUUCCGACAAAGAUAUGGGCUUAGUUUCAUUCAGACGACUGUUACUCAAUUCAGACCUGUGCCUCGUCUCGGUCAGGAUCCUAACACAGAGGUGGAUUUGGAACUGGAGUUCAAUGCGACCUCCACAGUACCUAUCCCCAAGGGCAGUGACAUUGUUGAAACAUUGAAAGAGGCUCUGACCAAUCCAAACUCUAACUUCAACUUAUCUUUGGAUCUCAACUCCAUCACUGUGAUAAAUGCCCCUGCUACAACAACUGUUCCUGCUACAACUGCCAUAACAACGGCACCUCCUCCAGUGGUGGAAUUACAAGUCACCUUGCAGCAAGCUUUUGUACCAGCCUUGACUGACCCUCAAAGCACAGAAUUCAAAACACUAUCAGUAACCAUUACUACAAUUUGUGACACAAUCUUCCGACAAAGAUAUGGGCUUAGUUUCAUUCAGACGACUGUUACUCAAUUCAGACCUGUGCCUCGUCUCGGUCAGGAUCCUAACACAGAGGUGGAUUUGGAACUGGAGUUCAAUGCGACCUCCACAGUACCUAUCCCCAAGGGCAGUGACAUUGUUGAAACAUUGAAAGAGGCUCUGACCAAUCCAAACUCUAACUUCAACUUAUCUUUGGAUCUCAACUCCAUCACUGUGAUAAAUGCCCCUGCUACAACAACUGUUCCUGCUACAACUGCCAUAACAACGGCACCUCCUCCAGUGGUGGAAUUACAAGUCACCUUGCAGCAAGCUUUUGUACCAGCCUUGACUGACCCUCAAAGCACAGAAUUCAAAACACUAUCAGUAACCAUUACUACAAUUUGUGACACAAUCUUCCGACAAAGAUAUGGGCUUAGUUUCAUUCAGACGACUGUUACUCAAUUCAGACCUGUGCCUCGUCUCGGUCAGGAUCCUAACACAGAGGUGGAUUUGGAACUGGAGUUCAAUGCGACCUCCACAGUACCUAUCCCCAAGGGCAGUGACAUUGUUGAAACAUUGAAAGAGGCUCUGACCAAUCCAAACUCUAACUUCAACUUAUCUUUGGAUCUCAACUCCAUCACUGUGAUAAAUGCCCCUGCUACAACAACUGUUCCUGCUACAACUGCCAUAACAACGGCACCUCCUCCAGUGGUGGAAUUACAAGUCACCUUGCAGCAAGCUUUUGUACCAGCCUUGACUGACCCUCAAAGCACAGAAUUCAAAACACUAUCAGUAACCAUUACUACAAUUUGUGACACAAUCUUCCGACAAAGAUAUGGGCUUAGUUUCAUUCAGACGACUGUUACUCAAUUCAGACCUGUGCCUCGUCUCGGUCAGGAUCCUAACACAGAGGUGGAUUUGGAACUGGAGUUCAAUGCGACCUCCACAGUACCUAUCCCCAAGGGCAGUGACAUUGUUGAAACAUUGAAAGAGGCUCUGACCAAUCCAAACUCUAACUUCAACUUAUCUUUGGAUCUCAACUCCAUCACUGUGAUAAAUGCCCCUGCUACAACAACUGUUCCUGCUACAACUGCCAUAACAACGGCACCUCCUCCAGUGGUGGAAUUACAAGUCACCUUGCAGCAAGCUUUUGUACCAGCCUUGACUGACCCUCAAAGCACAGAAUUCAAAACACUAUCAGUAACCAUUACUACAAUUUGUGACACAAUCUUCCGACAAAGAUAUGGGCUUAGUUUCAUUCAGACGACUGUUACUCAAUUCAGACCUGUGCCUCGUCUCGGUCAGGAUCCUAACACAGAGGUGGAUUUGGAACUGGAGUUCAAUGCGACCUCCACAGUACCUAUCCCCAAGGGCAGUGACAUUGUUGAAACAUUGAAAGAGGCUCUGACCAAUCCAAACUCUAACUUCAACUUAUCUUUGGAUCUCAACUCCAUCACUGUGAUAAAUGCCCCUGCUACAACAACUGUUCCUGCUACAACUGCCAUAACAACGGCACCUCCUCCAGUGGUGGAAUUACAAGUCACCUUGCAGCAAGCUUUUUGUACCAGCCUUGACUGACCCUCAAAGCACAGAAUUCAAAACACUAUCAGUAACCAUUACUACAAUUUGUGACACAAUCUUCCGACAAAGAUAUGGGCUUAGUUUCAUUCAGACGACUGUUACUCAAUUCAGACCUGUGCCUCGUCUCGGUCAGGAUCCUAACACAGAGGUGGAUUUGGAACUGGAGUUCAAUGCGACCUCCACAGUACCUAUCCCCAAGGGCAGUGACAUUGUUGAAACAUUGAAAGAGGCUCUGACCAAUCCAAACUCUAACUUCAACUUAUCUUUGGAUCUCAACUCCAUCACUGUGAUAA